GGGCGCGCCGAGCCGAGCCGGCUGCUGCCUGUCUCCGCGCGCAGGGCGCCUGAGCGCUCGUCCCCCGAGGUGCGGUGUAGCCUCUGUGCGGGGGGCGCGUACCCGCUGGCGGGGCAGGGCUCCGCGGUGCGUCGGUUCGUGGAGGGGGGAGCGAGUGACCUGGCUGCAUAAUCGGUGCUUUCGCUGCAUAGCCUUGCAGUGCGCUCCACCGGCCUGGGGAAGCGGCGACAGAGGCCUCGGCAGCUCAGUGGAAAGAAGGGAACUGGAUAGAACACAAAUUAUGAAGGUGUUAGUCAUUGGACUUGGCGGUGUGACAAAUGGGGGAAAAACAACACUGGCAAAACGACUUAGGAAACAGCUUCCAAAUUGCAGUAUACUCGCUCAAGAUGACUUCUUUAAGCCAGAAUCUGAAGUAGAGAUAGAUGAACAUGGAUUUAAGCAAUAUGAUGUACUUGAUGCCCUUUAUAUGGAGGAAAUGGUGACAAGCAUACGCUCAUGGAUGAAAAACCCAACAGGCUCUUCUGUCUCAACAGCAGAAUCAAAGAGUACACCUGUCAAUCUGAAAAGUACAGAAGAAGUUCACAUUUUAAUAGCUGAAGGUUUUCUUCUGUAUAACUAUGAGCCUCUUAAUGAAGUAUGGGAUAGAAGAUAUUUUCUGACCAUUCCAUAUGAAGAAUGCAAGAGGAGAAGGAGUACCAGAGUUUAUCAACCAGCAGAUCGACCAGGAUACUUCGAUGGACAUGUAUGGCCUAUGUAUCUGAAACAUAAAAGGGAAAUGGAAGAAAAUACAAAUAAUAUCGUUUAUUUGGAUGGAACAAAAUCUGAGGAAGACCUCUUUUCAUAUGUUUAUAAUGAUAUAGUGCUGGAGCUAGAAGCAUGGAAAAAGUGAGCAGGUCACAGCAAAGCCAUGUGAGAAGUUGGGAUUCUUUCCAGUAGAGAUUCAGGGUCAAUUUUAUGGUGUCUGGAUGGAUCACUUUGCCAAUCUAUUGUAUGUACAUGAGUAACACCAGUUUAUACAAUCCAUAUUGUACUGUAGUGACUGCUAUUUCUGUUAGACUUAUAAAUAUUGAUGAAUAGUAUAGGUCAUCCAGUAGACUAGUGCAGUAUUUUUAAAGUGAUAGCCUUGCUCAGAGUGGCAUCUGUAACCCUGUGACAAACUUCAACCUGAUUUAAUAUUUAAUCAUGUAAUAUAAGGAAUUUGAAAAUUACUUUAAUGUAUGGAAAUAUAGCCCUGGAUAUUUCAUAAAUAUACUUCCAUAGGUAUACGCUAUGUGCACAAUUUUUAUAUGCAAGUAAAAUAUUUUUGGAAUUGAAAAUCACAAAAGCAAAGUGAUUGCACAUUAGUAAUAUAGGGAAAAAUAGAAGUAAUAGCUCAUAAAAUAUUAAAUAUGAAUAUUAAAUGACAUGUGGUUAAAGAGGCAAAAGCCAUUUUGGAAAUAUGUAAAUAGAGGUAUUGCACUUGAGACCAGAAACAGAAUUCUUCCUUUUUCACAUGGUGUUUGUUAGAAUGCAUCUGGAGUAUUGUGUAUUGUUUGGGGCACUGUGGAAAGGAUAUAGAUAAUCUGAAGAGCAACUACUAAGCUAUUAGAAAGAGUUGUAGGAUAAGAACAGAGGUUGGUAGUGGGUCAGAUGUGUUAACAUCUGAUGAAAAAUGUGCAGCCUGGAAAAUAAGAGGUUUUGAGUUGUAAAAGAUUCUGGCAGACAAAUGCAAAAAAGAUGCUACAAAAGAGGAGAAGGAAAUAAGAUUCUCAUUAAUCAUAAAUGAUUAACUAGAAAUGAAUGAAAAAAAUAAAUGUGAUUAGAGAACAGAAAUAUAUGGUUUAGAUCAGCUAAGGAAUAAUACCAGCUUCCCAGUCAUAUAAUAAAUACACACAGGGAGGACUUAAAACUAUUUGAAAACAAACUAUCUUUUGAGGAUUGUCUAGAUUAGGGGUUGGCAACCUUUCAGAAGUGGUGUGCCGAGUCUUCAUUUAUCAAUCUAAUUUAAGGUUUCGCGUGCCAGUAAUACAUUUUAACAUUUUUAGAAGAUCUCUUUCUGUAAGUCUAUAAUAU